AUGCAGAAUACGCUGCGCGCGAAUUUGACACCAGAGAUGCGCGAUAACAUGGCGUCGAUGCUUCAGUCGGCGCUUCAAGGUGAUGGCGGCAUGCCGGGCGGCUCCAUCGGCAUGAUGGCAUUUGGCAUGGGUGAAAAUGAAAAAGGGAAGAAGGUGGCUCGUGCUGCAAAGCUGUCUUACGACCUCAAGACAGGCAAAGUGAACAAGGAUUUUGUGGAGGAGCAACUUGAACCAGAUGACAUCAGUCUGCCAAAGGAAACGGUGGAGGACUACAAUACCGAAGGUGCGUUGGAGGUUGAGUUUGUCGAGGAUCAGAAGAGGGUUGAUGCCUGCGCUGGAAAAGUCGAGACCAUCUCCGCAGCUGAGAUUGAAGUCGAACCGAAGGAAACCACGUCAUAG